UUCAAAGGAGGAGAUCUGCCAGGGACGCUUCUUACAGCCGAACCUCGACCCCGAAUGAAAUAAUCACAAAACACACUCACAGCAAGAUGGGUUUCACUGCGGCAAAUGCUCGCAUCGGCACUGUUAUGGUAGACGCUCUAGUGUCCCGACAGGACAGAGACGGGGAUCUUACCGAUGGUGACGUGCCAGAUGGCUAUACGUUGGAGCAUGGCCGAUAUGUUCCAUUCUGGUGGUCAAGAACGGGCCUGCUCAUCAAGUGGUCGGUCUUCCUUGGUUUCAUCAUCCUAUUCAGUGCGUACCUAAUCAUCGGCUACCAACAUGCCAAACGCCGCGUAAGAAAGGGUUUGAAGCCCUUGGGAUAUCACAGAUGGCUGCUUUCCCGCCACGACCUAGCUCGAUCAGACCCGCGCUACGCCUACCCUCAACCAGCCUACACGAACUAUGCGCCCGCACCCGCACCAGGCUAUUACGGCAUGCAGUCGAUGCCGCCGCCAGUGUAUGACCCAACCCGGCCGCCCAUGUACGACGGGACGCCGAUGCCGACGGGUGGGAAGAUCGAUCCGAGUCAGCGUUUAUCGCGCCCGGAGGAGGAGUACGCUGCGCCUUCGGGACCGCCGCCGCCGCCUGCUGCUUCGUUGAGGCCUGAGAGGACGGGCGAGAGCAACAACCCUUUCACUGAUUCGCGCCACUAAACGGAUGUUGAGAUGGGGGUAUGAGUGUUGGAGAUCAGGGAGCAAUUUGCGAAUAAAUUCCACGCUAUAUCGGGUGAACAGGUGCUCGUGGAACUGAUAGCCGACGCGGAUCAGAACUCACUGUCGCUGGUAGGCACGUGGUGCUGGACACAGCCGUUCGUGGUGCAUUGAGUCGGUCACAUCCUUAAGC